AUGGGAAAUGUAUCAUCCAUGCUUACAAGCCAUGAAAUAGAGGAGGUCCAGCAGCACUGCAAUUACAAGUUCUCACACCAGCAGAUUGUUUCGUUUUAUCAGCAAUUCUGUGCACUUGACAGAAAUAGGAAGGGCUUCAUAACAGAAGAUGAACUGGUAUCUUCUGUGCCAGAGUUUGGGGUGAAUCCCAUCUGUCAGACAUUAAUGGGGAGAAUGUUAAAUGGCUUGAACUUCAAAGAUUUUGUUUUGGUUUUGUCAAUCCUGAGAUCUGGGUCUUCUUUGUUUGCUGAAGAGCAGUCUCAGCAAGUUAUGGAGAAGGCAGGAUAUUAUUCAGAGAACAGUGUUUGGAAAAUUGAAGAUUUUGUCAGAAUCAAUGGCACUUCUGGGGUGAAGAUGGAUGUUGGAAUUGCAGGAAAUUGA